CCCACACCUGCUGUCCUGCUCACCAUGGAGAAGGUCCUGGUCCUUCUGCUCAUCGCCCUCUCAGUGGCCUAUGCAGCUCCUGAUCCCCGGGGGAUAAUCAUCAGCCUGACACUCUAUGGGGUUUACUACAAGUGUCCCUGUGAGCGAGGCCUGACCUGCGAGGCGGACAAGACCAUUGUUGGCGCCAUCACCAACACCAACUUUGGCAUCUGCCAUGAUGCUGGGCGCUCCAAGCAGUGAGACCACCCACCCACUCCUGCACCCAGCCCAGAACACUGCAGGAUGCUAGACCUAGGGCCACCUCUCUCCUCCUCUGCCACCUCUCCCUGGCUGGCCACCUCCCUGACCAGCACCUCUGUUUCCUGAUUAGGCUCUUGGCAAUUAAAGCCCUCCUGCAAACCU